CCUUAUCCGCGUCGUAUCUCUAAGAAGUCGCAAACGUUUUCUCACUCUAUCACAUAGCACUGUCGUGCUUUUUUUACAAUUGUAAGUUUUUAAAGGCAACGUCGUUAUAAAUAAGAUCAAUCUUGAACAUUAGUGAACAUUAGUGAACAUUAGUAAUCGUUCAUGUACUCUACAUCAUUAUAAUAAAAAAAAAAAAGAAAGACGACGUGUUUAUUAAUCUGGUUAGAUAUUAAGUAUGCACUUUGUUCUUCGAAAAUAUCGAUUAUAACUGAAUAAUUCGCAAGUAUUGUAAACAUAUAUAAAUAAAAAAUUUGUAUUAGAAUUCUAUUUAUUAAAAAUAAUUGCUGUGUAACUUUGUAACUUUAAUAUUUCUGUUUGAACGAGUUUUCAAAGUAAGUGUUAAAGAAUUAUUCUUUAAAUGUUUUAUAUCUAUUAAGGGAAAAAAGUGCAAGCAAAGAAUUAAUUUAUAUUCGAGAAUUCUGUUUACUUUAAAAAGAAUUCUCAAAUAAUUUCAUACAAUUAUUUAGCAAAAAUUAAAAAAUAAAAUAUAAAAUUUGACAAAAAAAAGAAAAAGAAAUUGUAAAAUAAAGAGAACCAUUAUAAUCCAAUUUAAUCCAGAAUUAUUUGCUUCGCAUAAGAGAUGUAUAAAUUUUGUACUUAAUAAAUGAUAACUUUUCAUAAAAUAAAUGGUGCAUUUUGAUACACACGUAGCGAGAGAAUUCCAACACACUUGUUUAUACAAGUGUGUUGGAAUUGAACAUGAUCUACGCCAAUGGAAAAAUUUGCACAUCUGUUUAUACAAAGUACGCGAUAAACAUACAAACCUUGCGCAUUAUAUAAUUACGUAAUAUAAUCUGUUAUGUAAUCUAUAGUCAAAUUGAAUACGCAUAUGCAUAUAUAUAUCGUGUUUAAAACAUCAAUCGUCAGUUAUCGAUUUGCAGUUCAAACGAAUUAAACGAAUGAAGACUCUAAUAUUCGUUGCAUGUAUAUUAGCUGCCGUUUCGGCAGGUAAUAUACUCGAUCAUAUUAUAAAAAUAUCAGAGAUAUUUGAUAUAAAAGAAGUAAUUGAUUUUUAUAAAACACUGGAGGAAUGCGCCUUGGAAUUAAAUAUAUCGGAGAUCGCCACUCCCGAGACACUCUAUUGUUUAAUCCAAAAGAAAAACUUGGUCGAUGAAGAAGGUGGAAUAAACUGGGAUAAAGGCAUAAUCUAUAGAAAGAAACUCAUUCGCGGCAGCAAUGAUAUAAUAGCUAAAUGGGUAAAGAUAAUCCAUCAAUGUAGAGAAGAAAAUAGAAAAGAAUCCAAUACGUUUAAAGGAAGGGGAUAUGAAACAGCCAUGAAAUUCAUGAAAUGUUUAGAGCCAUUUGUGAACUACGGUUUAAAAGAACUAAUACUAUUUCAAAAUUAUAUGACCAAUAAUAUUAAUUAAUAUUAUUAAAUAUAUAAUUUUGAAAUAAUAUUACACAAUAUAUACCAUACAUAUAACAAAGGAGCGUACAAACCUAGCCGGAUGUAACUGCUAACGACUUUGUUUAUUUAACAAUAAAAUUUAAAAUAACAAGA